CUGACUGCACACGAGGCAAGGUAACCUUGGCGAAUUUUGUUUAGCGUUCGAGGGAUAUCCGGCCAUAGAAAUAAGGAAUUUCUACAUGAUUUAACCCGAAUUAUUCACAUCCUUGGCUUCGGUGCACUAUUUUUACCUCGCUGGCUGCCAUGUGAGCAAGUUUUCUGUAACCAGGGGCUGAGAGAUGGCCGUCGCUACGAGUUAUCUGUCAAAGUUACAGCAUGAACUCUACCAUGAAAAACAUGGCUUUGACAAGCUCUCCAGAAAUUUUCAGUCCUCUCUGGUCCAUGAUCCGUCGCACAUUCGCCGUAUAACAACUUAUCCUGAUCGGUACUCCCGCCAUCUUGAACAAGCCAACACUCAUGUCAAAUGUCCCUGGGGUCGUGCUCGUAGCUAUGCCGGGGAGGCCCCCGUGUGCCUUCCAGAAAGCCAUCGGCCCAAAUGUGAACCACCAGCCUUACUUCAGAAGGGACAUAAACACUUUGGCAGUGGGGUUGCUCCUCAUCCAAGAGGUGUGCCACUACAACAGUUCUACGACCUGACACAACUCAAGCGAAGUAAAGUGAGGUGGAACGACGAAUUGUUGCCAAGGCCCACAACAGCAGCUGUGCAAGAAGGUCAAAUUACUCUUCCUUUCCCUAAGGAGUCUCCCCUGAGUUCACACAUGUCCCGUCAGGCUAUGUUUCCCAGUCCAAACCCAGCAGAGCGACAUUCCCAAACCAAGAUUACUUCACCCACCCCUCCCCCACUGAUUGUCAACAAGGCCAUGGGGAGCUUUGCACGCCGGGAAGUGGUAACACCCAUGAUCAAUUCCAGGACUUCUCCUCCAGCACAGCAUCAAGCCCGACCUGUAGCGGCAUCAAACAAUUGGUUUUCCAAACAUGACGUCAUCAACCAGUUCAAUACACUCCACCCCAGCAGAACUCCCACAAUUCGACUGAACAUCCAGAGACGGAGGCGUGCAGACUGGCAACUAGUUUAUUAACACAUAUUCGGAACCAAUGAGAGCCAAGAAUGACUGUUAACGUUCAAGGAGGACCUCAGAAACACGCUACAAGUUUUACUAGUGGAAAAAGAGAAUAUUGCUCCUUCAGUGUUUUCGAGACGUUUUAAAACAGAAAAUAUUUCGCUACAAGGUAGAAAGUGUCUGCUAUGAUAUUUCCGUGUGUUACAGUGUGUUCAUGAUAUAAUUCCUUUCGCUAACUUGUAUUAAUUUUGCUGAAAUUGUAAGAUUUUAAACUAUCAUUAGUAUUAUUUAAAGAAAGGCAACAUGCAUUGUUAAGUUUGAAAAUUGAUUUUAGAUUUUGCGCUAAGAUCGCAGCCACCAUUCGUGUGUGACUAGACUUGCAUUACUACUAAUAAAUCAAAGCCAAAUCCUCGCUUUUUAAAAUUGCUGAGAAAAUCA